UAGUUUCUGCAAUCAAAAACUGAAAGCAAUCUCAGCUUCUCUUGUCCUUUCAUUGUCUUCUCUUCUCUACUUCAGUUUGAAAUUUUGAGUAAUGGCUUCUUCUUCUGUUUCCCUUGUUCUGCUCUUGCAACUCCUGCUACUACUUUCCCUCUUUCAUGUCUCUUCUGCAGGAAGAAGACUCACUGAGUUGGUACAGGAGCAACCACUGCUUACAUACCACAAGGGCCCCCUCCUCUCCGGCCAAAUCUCUGUGAAUCUCAUCUGGUACGGCCAAUUCAAGCAUUCCCAACACGCCAUCAUCACUGAUUUCAUCUCAUCUCUCUCCACAUCUCACCUUAAGACCCAACCCAAACCCUCUGUUUUCACAUGGUGGAAAACCACAGAGAAAUACUAUCAUCUUAGCUCCAACAAGAAACAGUUUUCCAUCUCCCUCCAUCUGGGAAAACAGCUCCUUGACGAGAACUACUCACUGGGCAAAUCUCUCACCAGCAAACAACUCGUUCAGCUUGCAGCCAGAGGCGACCAUAGGAACGCCAUUAACGUUGUCUUGACAGCCUCUGAUGUUGCCGUUGAAGGGUUUUGCAGUAGCAGAUGCGGAACACAUGGGUCCUCUCACAUUAAGAACGUUCACAACAAGAAACACAAGUUCGCUUACAUCUGGGUCGGCAAUUCCGAGACUCAGUGCCCUGGUCAAUGCGCUUGGCCCUUCCACCAGCCCAUCUAUGGACCUCAGAGCACUCCUUUGGUCGCCCCCAACAACGACGUUGGUCUUGACGGCAUGGUUAUCAAUUUCGCUAGCCUCUUGGCUGGAACUGUCACGAACCCAUUCGGUAAUGGUUACUACCAAGGAUCUGCAGAGGCACCUCUAGAAGCUGCUUCUGCUUGUACUGGUAUCUAUGGCAAGGGAGCUUAUCCAGGUUAUGCUGGAGAGCUUUUGGUGGAUUCAACGACCGGUGCUAGCUACAAUGCCAAUGGAAUAAAUGGGAGGAAGUAUAUGCUUCCGGCACUGUACGAUCCUACCACAUCUUCUUGCUCGACACUGGUCUAAAACAGUUGCAGAGUCGCUAACUGUAAAUCCCUUGUAACAGAUGAUAGAUACAGGACUUACUAGCUUGAUACUGUAAUUUAAUAGGUUUAUUUGUUCAUAUUUUGCCCCAUUAUGAUCGAGUAAUUGAUAAAAAGCAAAUUACUUUUGGUUUGCUCCUUCAACCA